AUGGAGGAAGUAGAUGUAGUCAUAAUAGGUGCAGGUCCUGCUGGUUUAGCAACCUCUGCAUGUCUGAACCGCCUCAAAAUCUCCAAUGUCGUGCUCGAAAGAGAAGAUUGCUGUGCUUCUCUUUGGAAGAACAGGUCAUAUGAUCGUUUGAAGCUUCACUUAGCAAAGCAAUUCUGUGAACUACCCUACAUGCCUUUCCCUGAAAACACACCCACAUAUGUUCCUAGGAAAGAGUUUAUUCAAUACCUAGAUACUUAUGUGUCCACUUUCAAGAUAAACCCUCUGUACCACAGGAGUGUGGAGACUGCCUCGUUUGAUGAGGAUGUGGGUAAAUGGUGUGUCCUUGUCAACAACACAGAACUGGGUGUACAAGAAAGUUACUACGCAAAGUUUCUCGUGGCAGCGACCGGUGAAAAUGGUGAAGGCUAUCUUCCUGAAACAAACGGUUUGGGUAGCUUUAAAGGCGAAAUCAUUCAUUCGAGUGAGUAUGGAAAUGGCAACAAGUACCGUGGGAAAAAUGUUUUAGUUGUCGGAUCUGGGAACUCCGGAAUGGAAAUUGCCUACGACUUAUCAAAUUCCGGCGCUAAUACUUCUAUUGUUAUCCGUAGCUUGGUACAUGUUCUUACCAAGGAGAUCGUGUUCAUUGGAAUGGUUCUGUCAAAGUACCUUCCCAUUAUGGUUGUUGAUGGCAUUGUCAUGUUCUUAACCAAGCUGAAAUUUGGAAAUUUAUCCAAGUAUGGGAUUCAAAAUCCAAAAAUGGGGCCAUUUCAUAUCAAGCAAAACGAGGGUCACUCCCCCAUCAUUGAUGUUGGAACUAUCAAAAAGAUCAAGAGUGGAGAUAUACAGGUUUUGCCAUCCAUAACAAACAUAGAAGGAAAUGAAAUCCGGUUCGAGAAUGGAUACCUUAAAUGGUAUGAUGCUAUAGUAUUUGCUACAGGCUAUAAGAGCACAGUGCUAAAGUGGCUCAAGGAUGAAAACAACCUCUUUGGUGACAAUGGAAUGCCCAAGAAAAGUUUUCCCAACCACUGGAAGUCACAAAAUGGCCUUUACUGUGCUGGAUUCUCCAAGCGUGGAUUGUUUGGCAUAUCAUACGAUGCACAACAUAUAUCAAAUGAUAUAAGUUUCUCUCUCAAUCAAAGCGAUAGAAAUAUAUGA